GUGGCUUCGGCGCUCCGUCAAGUGGGUGAGCAGCUCCUGACACGUAAACACCUCCCCUUCAAUCCAGAGGAAGUCUUCUCAGGGGGGACGUCUACCACGCGCGAGUUGACAAAUCAACAUCGAUCCGCGUGGAACCGAUGAAACGCGCGUGCACGCUGAACUGAUAGCCAGUUCACGCGCCUCUCCGCCUUUCUCAUUCGACCGGCGCUUCAAAAACCAACAACAACGCCACUGGACGCACAGCGCCUCUGCUCGCUCGAAUCCUGGGGUAGAGGACGGAGGCGUCUUCGACUGACCGACCGAGGCUUCCCACACUGUAGUCCAGCCGGAGAUAUGGAGGGGGUCGGCGGCAACAAGAGCAUGUCGUAUAGCCGAUGGAGCUAUGACAGCACUUUAGAUGACGAGGGCACAAACCUCAGGCAGCAGAAGCUUGAUCGGCAGCGAGUGCUCCUUGAGCAAAAGCAAAAGAAGAAGCGUCAAGAACCCCUGAUGGUCCAGUCCAACGUAGAUGGACGGUCUCGCACCCGUCGCACCAAACAGAGUGAGGAGCAGGCUCCUUUGGUGGAAUCCUACCUCAGCAGUAACAGCAGCACCAUCUAUCAAGGGCCAGAACCCAAGCAGGAGGAGAUGAAGGUGAAAGCGGACCCCCAGCCGCCUCGCUCGAUGAAAAAGGGCAGAGCGUCAGCCAGCUCCACUCCUCAGACAGGCAGUGACAAGAAGGAGAGGAGAGGGAAGCACAAAGGAGGGAUGGACAGCCUGGCCUGCCAGUCAGAGGACGGUCAGAUCCAAAUCUUAACAGUGGGCCACCUUUCAUCAGAGGAUGGCGAUGGGGAGCCGGUCAUGAGCUGCACUCCGUCACAGAGCAAGCAGGACCUACGGGUGACCAUGCUCAAAAAAGGAAUAUCAAGCAGUAUGAAUUUUGAUGAGGAGGAAGAUGAUGACGAUGAAAUUAGUUCCACCUCAUCACAGCUCAACAACAACACAAGACCAGGCUCUGCCACCAGCAAAAAGUCAUGCAAGGAGGUUGCAUCAGCGCCAACUCCACCAGUCACUGAACCGGCCGUUGAUGUGGAAGACUUGGAAGAGUUUUCGUUGCGACCUGCACCACAGGGGGUCCGAGUGAAGUGCAGAAUCACCAGGGACAAGAAAGGCAUGGACAGAGGCAUGUAUCCCACCUACUAUCUUCACUUGGAGCGAGAGGAUGGCAAGAAGGUGUUUCUGUUAGCAGGCAGGAAGAGAAAAAAGAGUAAAACCUCCAAUUACCUCAUCUCCAUUGACCCCACCGAUCUGUCCCGAGGUGGAGAAAGCUUCAUUGGUAAACUGAGGUCAAACCUCAUGGGCACCAAGUUCACUGUAUAUGACAGUGGCCUGAACCCUAUGAAGACCACCAGCAGCCUUGAAGACAGCAAUAUGCGCCAAGAGCUCGCGGCCAUUUGCUAUGAAACCAAUGUCUUGGGAUUCAAGGGACCUCGUAAAAUGAGCGUUAUCAUCCCAGGAAUGAAUAUGGACCAUGAGAGAGUGUCAAUUCGGCCACGAAAUGACCAUGAGUCAUUGCUGGCAAGGUGGCAGAACAAGAACACAGAGAGUGUGAUUGAACUUCAUAACAAAACUCCAGUGUGGAAUGAUGACACGCAAUCGUAUGUGCUCAACUUCCACGGCAGAGUCACUCAGGCCUCUGUCAAAAAUUUCCAAAUCAUUCACGACAAUGACCAACCCUAUCAUUUCAAACUGACGCAAAGGGACAAGUAACAUAUAACUACCCUUAACAGUGGCGGCUGGUCAAGAGAGGGCACGGUGGUCACCACAUUACUUUUCUUGAAGACAGAAAAUGGAAUAAAAAUACUUCUAAUCAAGUCAAAACAUUUGGAAAUAUAUGUACAGUGAAACCUCUAGUUACCAACUUCAUCGUUUUGGUGAGCACAUUUCUACCUUGAAACGUUCAUAAAUCGAGGUAAUAUUUCUGAUUGAAAUGAACACAAAUGCAAUUAAUCUAUUCUAGCCCCAAAAUGAAGUUAUGAUGACCCCUUUUUAACUAUUGUGUGGUCUAAAGUAAAUAUAAACUGGGAUGACAGGGUUAUUUUAAAGAUUAAUUCACUCCUUCAUGACUGCCUCCUUCAUGCUAUUACCAGCGAGUUCUUUCUCAUUUGCCUGUCUACUAAAUACCAAAACAACAACACAUAUGUAGCUUAGUUACAUAACGUGAAAAGAAGAGCACAGAUCUUUCUGCUCCCCGUACGACAAGCGCUUCAAAUAACAUACCUUUAGGCGGUUUCCCUUUUCCUCGUGGCAUUGUGACUCUUUAGCGCUUUCUUGACAUCUGCAUUCAUUCAACACGGCUGUUUCUGGCACAAAAGCGGCAUAUACACCAAGAUGUAUUGUAUCUGUGAUUAAAUGAACGGAUUUUAUGUAGGUGGAACUUCCGCCUCAUGACAACAUGCGGGGGACGGCUAUUUGACAUGAUUAUUCCUUCCUUAUUAUUACAUCUGGGGUAAAAAAA